GGAACCACUCAGACCGAACCGGAUCUGGUCAAGGCCCAGGAAUCAGUUGACUGUAGAAAUUCCGCACGGACGGAGCACCUGCUUCCCCAUUAAUCAACCAGGGCAGAGCGUGGCAUUGUCAAGAGUCUGUCCGAGGAAAUUUUCCGAGCAUUCGUGAGUCUCCUUUGCAGCUGCAGAUGGCGAAAGAAGGUCCUUACGGCGGUUCGAGCUCUGCAUCAUCAGCUUCGGUGACGGGAAACAACUUCGACGUGUUCCUGAGCUUCAGAGGAAGCGACACCCGACAUGGGUUCACCGAUGUUCUCUACAGAAGCCUCGUCGAUCACGGGGUUCGCACCUUCUUAGACGAAGAAGAGCUUUCCGAUGGAGAGUACAUCAAGAAGCAGCUCCCUGAGUCGAUCAAGCUGUCGAAGAUUGGCAUCCCGAUCCUGUCCGAGGACUAUGCCUCGAGUAAGCCGUGCCUUCGUGAGCUGGCUCAGAUGGUCGAGUGGCGCAAAGAGGGAAGAAUGAUCAUCAUGCCCGUCUACUUCUUGAUCACGGCGUGGGAUGUGGAAAUGAAGGAUGGGAGGGGUCCCUACGCCGAUAAAAUUGCUGCACACAAGAAGAAAGAAAAUCCGGAUACGAUCCAGAAAUGGGUGGAUGCCCUCGAAGAAGUGACAUCUGUGAAAGGGCGGCAACUGACCGGAUAUACUGGGCAAGGAGAAUUUGCAAAUAUGAUGGUCUCAAAAGUUUUGAAGAAAUUGAGAAAGGCUAAGCUCAAUUUGUCCGACAAAUUAGUCGGGAUUGAAGACCACUUGCCUGAGCUGAGAAGAAUGUUGGAUACUGACUCUGACUCUAGUGACGUGCGGAUGAUUGUCAUCUCCGGCAUUCCAGGCAUUGGUAAGACAACCCUCGCAAAAUCUCUCUACAACGAUAUCUGCCACCUCUUUGACCGUCACAGCUUUCUCGCUGAUAUUGGAGACACUAAUGACAAGAAGGCUCUUCUAGCUUUGCAAAAUCAGUUGGUCUCUGACAUCGUCCAAAGGGACUCGGCAAAACUCAAAUCGGUUGAGGAAGGAAUCAGCUUCCUCAAAUUAAGAUUAAGCACCUGGAAAGUCCUCAUCCUUUUGGACGAUGUGCAUGAGAAGUCUCAGCUUGAAGCUUUGGUUGGAAGUCUCGAUUGGUUCGGUUCAGGGAGUAGGAUCAUUAUCACAACCAAAAGAGUUCUCAAUUUACGUGAAAUGGCAGAAACUGAUGACGUUGAAACUUACAAAGUCCCAGAGAUGGAGGAUAGUGAUGCUCUAAAACUUUUUUGUAGAUACGCCUUUGCUAAGGAUUGUCCAGAACAUGACUAUGUUGAUCUGUCUGAAAGAAUUGUGUCUGCUACUGGAAAACUUCCAUUAGCUGUUGAGCUCGUAGGUUCACACCUGUCUCUGCUUCGGGAUAAAAGAGGAGCUUGGGAAUCUCUACUGGAGAAGUUACAAAAUGUAACUGAUGAUAAAGUCGAGAACAAGUUGAGAAUAACUUACGAACGAUUAAACAGUUUCCAACGGCAUAUUUUUCUCGACAUAGCUUGUUUUCUUUUCGGAGAGGAUAAAAGAAUCGCAUCUUACAUGUGGGAUGAGCUUCAAUUGUAUCCUUCUUUUGAAGUCGAGAUGCUUUGUCUCAUGUCCAUGGUAAAGAUUGGAGACGACAACAGGAUGUGGAUCCAUGAUCAGCUAAGGAAGCUGGGCAGGAAAAUUGUUCAAGAAGAUUGCAUGAAACAGGGGAACAACAGUAGACUAUGGGCCACUGAAGCUCGGAAGAUUUUAAACAAGAUGAGAGCCAAAUGAAGGUUGAAGCUCUGUGGCUUGAGAUGGAUAACACUGAACAAAAAGACAUGGAUGGUCGAUCGCAGACCUAUUUGACUGGUGACCAAUUUAAAAAGAGUACCAAAUCUCCGUCUUCUCAUUUUGGAUCACUUUGACAUUAAGAAGGAUUUUAGAAAUCUUCUUUCAAAGUUACUUUGGCUCCGUUGGCAUGGCUGUCCAAGAGCUUUUAAUGUAAUCAAUUUGAACUUGGAGGUCUUGGUUGUUCUUGAUUUAUCGUGGAGCAAGGUAACUGAAGGUUGGGAGGGUUGGAAUAGUAUAAAGUUGGCAAGGAAGUUGAAAGUCUUAAUUCUCAGAGGCUGUGUUGACUUGAUACAAACUCCAAACUUCUCUAAUUUCGAGUCUUUGGAGAUGCUGAUUUUAGAAUAUUGCUCUCAUUUGGUUCGAAUCGACCCAUCGAUUGGUCAGUUGCAACGUUUGCAAAUUUUAGAUCUGAAAUUUUGCACUGACCUCGGUAACUUGCCCAGAGAACUCGAUUCUCUUGAAGCUUUGAGAGAGCUCCGACUUGAUGGAACUUAUAUAGAAGAUAUUCCGGUCUCCGAAGAUAUGAAGCAUCUUAAAACUCUCAGCGCCUGCAACUGUAAAUCAUUGGCACGAUUAUCCAGUGAAAUUGGUGACAUAAAAUCUCUAGAAUUUCUUU